CCUUCCUCCCCGGGAGGAUGCCCGCGGGGAAUAACGGUGCGCGUUGCUGCCGCUGCUCCGUGGCUCCCGUGGGCCAGGAGCCGCCUGACGCGUUUUUGCGCUGGCGGAACGCUCGGGUUUACGCGCUGGCUGCGCGGUGCGGGACGGCAGCGCGGCCCCGUUCCCGUGGCUUUGCUGCAGGUGAUGCGGCGCGGCCCUCGGUGCUGCUUUUGUCUCAGUCUCGGGGGGGGCGGCCGAAACGAGCGGAAGGAUCCGUGCUCCUUUCGGAGCCUUCCCGAGCGGCCGAGCAUCCUCCGAGCGAGCCCUGCUCGAUGCGCUCUGGGCCCCUGGCUGCUGGCGUGCGUCGGGGUUUCUGCCACCGGUGACACGGGUGGCCGAACCUCAGCCCAUCCCGACGGCAGCAGCCUUUGUAGGAACCCACGCUGGAGGUGGGCACUGAUGCUGCAGCGCUUCUGGGAAUGGAGAGGGUGCAGGGCAGCGCGCUGUCUCCUGGCGUUGAGGGGUGGGCGGCUUUUCACGCCCGGAGUUAAUUUGUUUGGCCUUGUCGGUGUUUGUAGGGGACCCCGUGUUUCAGUCUUGGGGUUUUUCCUUUGGGUUUUGGUGUGUUGUUUUCAUAGAAGCAGGCAUUGUUCGGGGAAACGCUCCGUUGCAGCAGGAGGGGAAAAAAGGGAGGGGGAAGGAGACACGUUCAACGUCUCAUAGACCUUCCGUCCCUGCAUAAAGGAUGGAUGUACGGGUGUCAGCUGGGAGCUGGUGCAAUUCACGUCGCUCUUUUGGCACUCCGACUGCCAAAAAUCCGGCGUUCCAGCUUAGGAGCUCUUUGAUUCCUUUCUUCUCUUGAACCUAAUUCAAAAUCAGGGCACCGAGCAGCGCCGUCAUGCAUCCAUUUGCUUCGGUUCGAGGCAGCCCUGAGUUCCUGUUCUGCUUUCUGCCCUUUCUUGCAGUCGCUUUUGGCAUCGCCGCCCUGCGCUGUGGCUUUGUCCUAUGGGGAGGGACAGCGACAGAGCUCUGCACCGGGGCCAAGUGCGGAUUGAAUGCAACACUGCAUCUCUGUAUGCGCUCUGAUUGAAGCGUAGGUAAUAGCAGGAGUGGAGGAAGCAGAAGAGCAUAAGUCACUUUCAGCUCGAGUCCCCAGCCACAGCUCUGCAGCGCGUGCUCUGCUCCUGCUCCUUUCUGCUGCUGCAGAAAGGGCGGUUUUGCUUUGGAGCUCUUGAUUUCCCAGCCAGGGGUGACCUGGGUGGCUGCACCAAACGCAGUGCCCAGCAGCUGCCUCAUUUGCAGUUACCUUUCUGUUCCUGCCAAGCUGCCUCCCAGUCUGCGGGCGUUUUGAAGAUGCUGUCCUUAAAGCCCUUCUUUUCAACUCGGUUUGCUCAUCUGGGCUUGUUUUCCAUCGGAUCAUGCGGUAGUGAUCUGGGCAGGCAGUAAAAGCAUCCGCUGCGCCCAAAUGUCCCCGAGUUGGACAAACGGGGUUUGUUUGUGUCCCGUAACCCCUGGCAACAGACUCGUGGGCCAUUUCCCUGACAGCCGUUGACUCACAGUUCGCCAAGUGGUGACUGCAGCGGAGCGAUCGUCUUCUGAUCAAAGGUGGCAAGAUCGUCAAUGACGACCAGUCUUUCUACGCAGACAUCUACAUGGAAGAUGGGCUCAUCAAGCAAAUAGGAGAGAAUCUGAUCGUGCCCGGAGGAGUGAAAACCAUCGAAGCCCACGGCAGGAUGGUGAUUCCCGGAGGGAUCGACGUUCACACCCGCUUCCAGAUGCCGGAGCAGGGGAUGACGUCUGCUGAUGACUUCUUCCAAGGGACCAAGGCUGCGCUGGCUGGGGGCACCACCAUGAUCAUUGAUCACGUGGUUCCUGAGCCGGGGACCAGUUUGCUGACUGCGUUCGACCAGUGGCGAGAAUGGGCGGACAGCAAAUCCUGCUGCGACUACUCCCUGCACGUGGACAUCACCGAGUGGCACAAAGGCGUCCAGGAGGAGAUGGAAGCUCUGGUUAAAGAUCACGGUGUGAAUUCCUUCCUGGUUUACAUGGCUUUCAAAGACCGCUUCCAGCUGUCUGAUUCCCAGAUCUAUGAGGUCCUGAGUGUGAUCCGGGAUAUCGGUGCGACAGCUCAAGUGCACGCUGAGAAUGGUGACAUCAUUGCCGAGGAGCAGCAAAGGAUCCUGGAGCUGGGAAUCACAGGCCCUGAAGGGCACGUGCUGAGCAGGCCUGAAGAGGUGGAGGCAGAAGCUGUGAACCGGGCAAUAACCAUCGCCAACCAAACCAACUGCCCUCUCUAUAUCACCAAGGUGAUGAGCAAAAGUGCUGCUGAAGUCAUUGCUCAAGCCAGGAAAAAGGGCACUGUGGUGUAUGGGGAGCCCAUCACAGCCAGCUUGGGUACUGAUGGAUCUCAUUAUUGGAGCAAGAACUGGGCGAAGGCGGCCGCUUUUGUCACUUCCCCACCACUGAGUCCUGACCCAACCACUCCUGAUUUUCUCAACUCGCUGCUGUCCUGCGGAGACCUCCAAGUUACUGGCAGUGCCCACUGCACCUUCAACACUGCUCAGAAAGCUGUUGGGAAGGACAACUUUACCCUAAUCCCUGAGGGAACCAACGGGACUGAGGAGAGGAUGUCCAUCAUCUGGGACAAGGCUGUGGUGACUGGCAAGAUGGAUGAGAACCAAUUUGUUGCUGUGACCAGCACAAAUGCAGCUAAAAUCUUCAACCUGUACCCACGGAAGGGCCGUAUCGCAGUGGGCUCUGAUGCUGAUUUGGUUAUCUGGGAUCCCGACAGCAUCAAGACAAUCUCUGCCAAGACUCAUAACAUAUCCCUGGAGUACAAUAUCUUUGAAGGCAUGGAGUGCCGUGGGUCUCCCCUGGUGGUUAUCAGCCAGGGAAAGAUCGUGCUGGAGGAUGGGAAUCUGCACGUAACGGAGGGAUCUGGACGGUAUAUCCCCAGGAAACCAUUCCCUGACUUCGUCUACAAGCGGAUCAAAGCAAGGAGCAGGCUGGCUGAGCUGCGGGGCGUCCCUCGAGGCCUCUACGAUGGGCCCGUCUGCGAAGUGUCGGUGACGCCGAAGACCGUCACUCCCGCAUCUUCGGCUAAGACAUCUCCUGCCAAACAGCAAGCCCCACCCGUGAGGAACCUGCACCAGUCUGGCUUUAGCUUGUCCGGCGCACAGAUCGACGACAACAUCCCACGCCGCACGACCCAGCGCAUCGUGGCACCGCCGGGCGGACGUGCCAACAUCACCAGCUUGGGCUAAGGACCGACCCCUUCUGCGCCCGCUUAGCGGACCAGGGGAGGGGACGGGGGCACCUGGAAACCCUUUUUGAUUCUUUUAGAGCCUGUGACGGUUACUGCGGGCCAUGGGGGGGGGGGCUGAAGUAAGGCGCCUCUUUCGGUCCCCUCAGAUUCCCUCCUCAUCUUCACCAACCCCCCUCUCACUUCCCCGUCAGCCCCUUACAUGUUUAAAGAAAAGAAACCAACCCUGUUUUGACGCCUCUGACACGCAAAAGUAAAUGUAAAGAGGAUGUUUGAGAUGCGUGGCCUAUGUCCCAUUCAGCAUCUUUCUUUUAAUAAAGGAAGGAUAAAGUGAAUUUCCCAGGAGCUGCCUUUAAGACACAGACAAAAAGAAAUAAGAAUAAAUAAAUUCUAAGUGUAAAAAAGAAAAUAGCUUUUUUUUUUUUUUUUUUUCCCAACCUCAAGCAGAAGAGUAGUUCAAGGGUUACAAACUGGAUGUUCUUUAGGGUUCUGCGUUCCAGCAGCAUAGCAAGGCGAGCACGGAGGGGCACGAACCCCAGCCUGUCACCAUUCCCCACCACCAACUCUGAGGCCACUGAGUAACUGCUGCCGAGAGAAACAGGACCCAGCACUAGGAACUGACAGAGCACAUCGCACCCUGCCAUCGGGUGAGCUAGACUUGUUGGGAGACUUUUGUUCUGUUUGGUUGUUUUUUUUUUUUCUUUUUUUUUUUUUUUUCCUUCUCGAUUCUGCUGCAAAUUAGGUCCUUGAGGAUUUUUUUCCUUUUUUUUUUUUUUAAAUGGUUGUGUGUAUUUUUAAUAUGUUCGUAUCGUUGUGUUUACAAAGCCUUAUCUCAGAACUGGGCAUCUCCCAGUUCUCCUCGCUCCUUCCCAAGCCUCAUUCAAGUCACCAACCCCCGCCGGUGUCACUGCCCCCCUGGUACUUCGAGUGCUCCUAGGAUGCAUCAUUCCAGCCAAUACUUUCCACUUAGCUGCAAUAGGAGGUUGCAGUGCAGGUUCAUAAGCUAUGAUCUUCGCUUCAGUAUAUUAGGUCUUGAUCUGGUGCAAACAGCAAGGCUGGACAUCAGCUGCAGAGCUGGGCAGAGCCUCUUGAGGAGCUCUUAGCAGUUGGUUUGUUUAAUUUCCCACAGGUGGCAGUCAGUAAGCAGAGGGCCACAGGCUAUACUUUGCCUGAAAGAUUUCUGUAGCAGCCACGUCCCCUUUCCUGGCCAUCAAUGAGCGGUUAUUUAAAGCUUUGAGAGCUUAUCUUUAGCUCUCAUUGGAAGGCUGCUCUGUUGGGUGCAUGCCUGAGCAGCUGUGGCAAUUCCAGUUAACGUCCAGAUGCCCAGCUGUUGUAACUGGGAGCCUCCAAGCAGCUCGAUGGGCCAACAGCAGCUGAGAAUCUGUUGUACAUAUGCAGAUUUCACAGUCGAUCAUUCCUUCAGGGAUCUGCUUUUGUGCAAAUAUUCUUGAGAGGGCCCUGCCCCAACUCGUGUGUCUGCCUCAGGUUUGAGAAACCAGAGGGUAAGAGUGAUCCUCGGAUGAAUUCAGGAUCUGGGCAUUUAAACCCAGGUCUUGAAGCUCUUUCAGCCCUAGUAUUGGAGGCUGGUGUUUUCAGGUUUUCAGGACAUGGAGAAUCAGUCUGCACCGUUAGAGUCCCACUUACACUUCGCUGGAGGGCUUGGUGGUCCCAAGGGCUUGGUCUGUCUCUUAGCACAGAGAGCUUUUCUACCCACAGUUAACACAGCAUUACCUCCACUGUCUGUACGCCUGGCACUUGGCUCUAUCUUCUGCUUUCUCUUCUGUUUGUCCUUCACCACGUGCAUCGACCUCGUUUUUCCGUAUCUGUGAGCAUUUUCUUAGGUGGUGUUUACAGGUUCUCUUAAUGAAAGACUCUCUAUAUGAAGGCUUUUAAGAAGCAACUACCAAAUUUGUCGUGAUGCAGUUAUCAACGCUGGGAUUGUCAAAGGAUCUGGGAGCGAUGUAGGUACCCAAACCCUCCCAGCACAAUUCCCAUAGGCCCCUUUAAGCAUCCUAGUUAAGACAUUGCCAUACUCAUCCAUGCCUUUUGUAUCUAGGUUUAACUCUUGGGUGGUUAGUUUUGCAUAAGAGUUUGCACUUUGUUUGUUAAGUAAUCUGUGAGGGUAAUAUAUAUUGCAGCUAUUUCCAGUUAUUUUUCACCUGUAUGUUAAAACCCAUCUAACCAAGUUGGGGAGAAAAAGAAAGAAAUUCGGAUCCGUUUCAAUCCUACAAAACACUUGCGGCUCUUCAGUAUUCACUUAAAUCUUCCUUUUUUUUUUCUUUCCCUUCACUGACUCGUGAUGACUUUUGAAUUCUAAUUUGUUCUUCGAAAGGAUAAAAGAAAAAAAAAAUCACAAAAAAAUAAGAUUUUUUGCAGGCUGUGUAAGCAUGUUUCUUCCUGUGAGAGCUCGUCCGCUUUGUGUCUGUUUACUGAAUGUCCUAUGUAAAUGCUUAAAGAAAAAAAAAAAAAGACGAUGACUUAAUUAAUUAAUUAACCGCAGUGACUUGAAGCUCUAAAAAUAAAAUAAUAAUAAUAAUUAAAAAAGUAGGAUUUAAUACUAGCUGGAUUUAACCCUUGGAUUUGUGAUUGUGAACCAUGAGUGGAGGAGCUGUAAGUGCUAAAGCUGAUCAUGUGUGUAGACAAAGAGAAGUGCUGAUAUUUGACCAUUGUCUCAAUGGCAAAAAAAAAAAAGAAAAAAAUCAACAAAAAAACACCCAACCCCACGUCUUGUGUUUUAUU